CCCGCGAGGAGCAUCAGCCAACGAUAAUAACGAUUGGCCCGCGGGAGUGAGAAGCACGGACCAGCUAGGGGGAGGAGGGCGGCGACCUCAAAUAAAAUCCCCUAUUCGUUUGCAGCUCAUGAAGAGCUGAACCACCAGCAAACAGGUCGGCUACAACCAUGAAAAUGGAAUGAGCGACAGGGUUUUACGCGCGUAAUGACGCGUUAACUGGAUGAACUGCAGACGAGUUCAGGACGGAACUUCAGUGAGAAUUCCACCUGCAUUUAGAGUGAAUUUUGAGUCCACCACUCAAGGCACCAUGGAGAACUUUUACCUGUGUUCAUUCAUCACACUUUGCGCGAGCCAUCGUCUCCAAGUAGUCUCCGUGCGUGCUCACAGAACACUUCACGUCUCUGUCGACUCCUAGGAUGUGCAAUCAAGAAAUGCAGAGUGGUGGGGUGGUGAGACGCUCGACGAAUCUGUCCGUGGUACGCUCCUGCAUGCUGCUGCUCUUCAUCCACAUGAGCGCACCGGUGGAGGCGAGAAGAGUGCGCGGCGGUCGGGCGCAAAGUCGACGGAUGCAGCAGCAACAGCAGGCUCCGGCGUACAGUGAACAGGUGGAAGGAGCAGAGAGCUUUCCGUUAGACUUUACAGCCGUGGAGAGCAACAUGGACAACUUCAUGGUGCAGAUAAAGAACUUAGCGCAGUCACUGUACCCGUGUUCUGCGCAGAAGCUGGACCAAGACAUGAAGUUGAACUUUUUAAACAAUGUAUCUGUGACGUGCAAUGACGGGUCUCCUGCUGGUUACUACAUCAAGGAGUCCAAAGGCAGCAAAAGGUGGCUGCUGUUCCUAGAAGGUGGAUGGUACUGUUUCAACAGGCAGACCUGUGACAGCAGGUAUGGGGCAAUGAGGAGACUGAUGAGCUCCACCAAGUGGCCACAAACCCGAACAGGAACAGGAAUUCUGUCUCCACAGCCAGAGGAAAACCCUCACUGGUGGAACGCCAACAUGGUGUUCAUCCCAUACUGCUCCAGUGAUGUGUGGAGUGGAGCCACCCCAAAGACAAAUCCCAGUGACUAUGCAUUCAUGGGCUCUCUGAUCAUCAAGGAAGUGGUGAACGAGCUGCUGACAAAAGGUCUGGGCAACGCCAGGGUUGUUCUUCUUGCAGGAAGCAGUGCGGGUGGUACAGGCGUCCUUCUGAAUGUGGACCACGUUGCCGAGCAGCUGGAGUCGCAGGGACACAUGGGGGUGCAGGUCAGAGGCCUGGCUGACUCCGGAUGGUUCCUGGACAACAAACAAUACAAAUUUACCGACUGCUUGGAUACCAUAAGCUGCGCCCCCACUGAGGCCAUAAAGAGAGGCAUCAGGUAUUGGGGCGGACUGGUGCCAGCAAGCUGCAGACAGGCGCAUGUCGGAGAGGAGUGGAACUGUUUCUUUGGAUAUAAAGUCUACCCCACUUUAAAGAGCCCGGUGUUUGUGGUGCAGUGGCUGUUCGAUGAGGCCCAGCUGACGGUCGACAACGUCCACCUGACAGGACAGCCCAUCCACGAGGGCCAGUGGAGGUACAUACAGAACCUGGGCCAGGAGCUGAGGAGCACACUCCGUGAUGUCCCGGCGAUGUUUGCUCCGGCCUGUCUGUCUCACGAGCUCAUUACCAGAACCUCCUGGAUGGACAUUCAGGUGAAAGGAACCUCUCUUCCCAGGGCUCUCCACUGCUGGGACCGCAGUUUCCACGCUAACCUCCGCAUCAACGCCAGCCAUGGCAACCACAGCCACCAAAAGCACAAGGCCCUGCCCAUGAGGGGCUGUCCUCUACAUUUGAUUGACAGCUGCCCGUGGCCUCACUGUAACCCCUCCUGCCCAACUAUUCGUGACCAGCUGACGGGACAGGAGAUGAGCGUGAUCCAGUUCCUGAAGCACAUGGGCUUUGAUGUGCAGAAGAUGGCUCAGCAGCAGGGGAUGGACCCCAGGAAGCUACUGGGCAUGCUCAAUAAUGGGAAAUGAGUCACUUUUUAAAGUAAGCUAUUCUGAAAUUAAACAGAGGACAUCAGGAGCAUGGGAGCAAAAAUCUCAUGAGAAGACUGUCAUUUAUCAAGUUAACAACAAAUGAAACUGACUCAGCAUCUGAAAAACAACUUGCACGUGCCUCAUGAGUUUUAAAGCUGUUCAAGAGUCAAAUAAAUUCAAACCAGAGCAUCUGAGCUGUUAAAACACACAUAUGGGAUCAUGAGCUCGUUUUAACAUACAGACAGGUACAAAGCUACAGUAUGUUACUAUACAGAGGUGUACAGACAAAACACAACCUGGGUGGGGAGUGUAUACUGUAUAUACAGUACACACAGUAUGUACUGUAAAAUGUUUAUGUGAAGCUGAACCUGUCGAGGUGGUCGACAGAUAGUCUUUAAAGAUCUGAUGGGAAAGCACAUCCCAGUUUGCUCUGUGGAGACCUGGUGCUCUCUUCUGUCAACCCUAAGAAUCACAUUCACAAAUCCAUCUGUGGUGCUGCUGUUCCUGCCCUCCACCAGAUAUGCUGCUUUUACCAUUUUGGAAAAAAAUUAUUUAAUGGGUAAUAUUUACUAAUAAUAAAGUAAAAAGAUUAAGCUACUUACUUUUGUUUCGGCCACUGUAAAAUGCUUGGAAAUGUAUUUUUCUACUAAAAAUAUCUUUUAUAUGUUUUACAGUCGGAUACAUUCAGCCAGAGUAACAAUGUAUCUAUAUAUUUAAUUUUUAUUUGCAUGUUUGUAAAAAAAAACAACCUGUAUGCUACUAGUACACAGUUUGGUCAUAUAGUUUCUCAGUGUGUUGAAUUUACCAAAUGUUUUGUGUUGUAGCAGCACUAAUAAAUGCAAAUACGUACUGAUAUGAUUAAAAAAAAAACG